AGGCGCAGAGGGCGAGAUGAGUCUGGUAGGGGGCUUCCCCCACCACCCGGUGGUGCACCAUGAAGGCUAUCCGUUCGCCGCCGCCGCCGCCGCCGCUGCCGCCGCCGCCGCCAGCCGCUGCAGCCACGAGGAGAACCCCUACUUCCAUGGCUGGCUCAUCGGCCACCCCGAGAUGUCGCCCCCCGACUACAGCAUGGCCCUGUCCUAUAGCCCCGAGUACGCCAGCGGCGCCGCCGGCCUGGACCACUCCCAUUACGGGGGGGUGCCGCCGGGCGCCGGGCCCCCGGGCCUGGGGGGGCCGCGCCCGGUGAAGCGUCGGGGCACAGCCAACCGCAAGGAGCGGCGCAGGACUCAGAGCAUCAACAGCGCCUUCGCUGAACUGCGCGAGUGCAUCCCCAACGUGCCCGCAGACACCAAACUCUCCAAGAUCAAGACUCUGCGCCUGGCCACCAGCUACAUCGCCUACCUCAUGGACCUGCUGGCCAAGGACGACCAGAACGGCGAGGCGGAGGCCUUCAAGGCGGAGAUCAAGAAAACAGAUGUGAAAGAAGAGAAGAGGAAGAAGGAGCUGAACGAAAUCUUGAAAAGCACAGUGAGCAGCAACGACAAGAAAACCAAAGGCCGGACGGGCUGGCCGCAGCACGUUUGGGCCCUGGAGCUCAAGCAGUGAGGACGAGGAGGAGGAGGAGGAGAGCGCGUGAGCCGGGGCCCAGGAGCCGGAUGCAGACCCAGGACUCCGGGCAUGCUCUCCGCGCUCCGCUCUGAGGACUUCUUGCAUUUGGAAUCAUCUGGUUUAUUUAUGUGCAAUUUGCCUCCCCUCUCUUUGCCCCCCUUUGAGGCAUCCGCUCCCCACCUCCCCUUCCAAAAAAAGUGGAUAUUUGAAGAAAAGCAUUCCAUAUUUUAAUAUGAAGAGGACACUCCCGCGUGGUAAGGGAUCCCGUCGUCUCGUAGAUUCUCUGUGUGUGAAUGUUUCCUCCUGGCUGUGUAGACACCAGCGUUGCCCCCUCCCCACCCACCCAACCCCUUCAAGAUAAAGACAUCGGACAAUAGUGUAUAUGUGAAGUGUAUCUUUAAUACUUGGCCUUUGGAUAUAAAUAUUCCUGGGGAUUAUAAAGUUUUAUUUCAAAGCAGAAAACGGGGCCACUAACAUUUCCGUUGGGGUCGGUAUAUAGUGCUGUCCUUUCAUCUGUGGUCGUUCCCUAUUCGAAGAUGUUUCCAACAGCUAUUUGUUUUGUGCACUUCCGUCCUCUAAAACUAAGUGGAAUUUAAUUAAUAUUGAAGGUGUAAACGUUGUAAGUAUUCAAUAAACCACUGUGUGUUUUUUUUACAAAAACCCCAAUCUUUUUAUGAUUGAUACCUCAAAAGAGUUUUGAAAACAAAACUGUUAUACUUGUUUUCAUAAUAUUUAAAGUAUU